AUUUUACCAUUGCUUCUCUCCUCAGACAAGAUGGCUAUCACAGUUACACCUCUACAAUUGCCUCAGAAAGAUCGUGUCAAGGAAUUCGAGGAAUAUGGGAUUCGUUCGAUCGCAAUCAAUCACGACACUCCUCACGACAAGACACUCUGGAGUGAAGUUUUCGUAACCUGCUUGAGGGGCCAACUUGUUGCACCAGAGCAAUUUUUUCGAGAUGGUGGACACAUUCCGUGA